CUCUCACUAGCGCUGCUAGUGGACAAUCAGACCCACACACCCACCCCUAGACACACUCGCAUUUCUCAUUUCUUACUUCUAGUCUAAAUUAGAUAGCAAGGCGUACUGUCGGAGCUCGCAGAUCGCACAGAAUUUAGUUUUGAGUAUUAGCGGUAGUUGAGCAGUAAAUCCGAAAUUCAACAUGGAGUCCCCUCCAGAUCCAGCGAGCGACCCGGGCAACAGCGCCUCGGAGCCGGCUACCCCGGUCAGGGAAACCCCGGUAAACCUGGAGACGCUCCGGAAAGCGGACCAUCCAGCCCCGGUUCGAAGGCAGACCUGCUCCAGCACCAACCGAGGUAUCUCAGUAACAAAGAAGACACAUACCUCUCAAAUCGAAAUAAUUCCCUGCAAGAUCUGUGGAGACAAAUCAUCAGGCAUCCAUUAUGGCGUGAUAACAUGUGAAGGCUGUAAGGGCUUCUUCAGGAGGAGUCAGCAGAGCAAUGCAGCCUACUCCUGCCCCCGUCAGAAGAACUGCCUGAUCGACCGCACCAGCCGCAACCGCUGCCAGCACUGCCGGCUGCAGAAGUGCCUGGCAGUGGGCAUGUCACGAGAUGCGGUGAAGUUUGGCCGCAUGUCGAAGAAGCAGCGAGACAGCCUGUAUGCUGAGGUCCAGAAGCACCGGCUGCAGCAGCAACAGCGCGACCACCAACAACAGCCUGGAGAGGCGGAGCCACUCACGCCUAGCUAUGGCCUCUCAGCCAAUGGCCUCACAGAGCUCCAUGACGACCUCAGCGGCUACAUGGAUGGUCACACCCCUGAUGGCAGCAAACCAGACUCUGCAGUCAGCAGCUUCUACCUGGACAUCCAGCCAUCUCCUGACCAGUCAGGCCUGGACAUCAACGGCAUCAAGCCGGAGCCCAUCUGCGACUUUGCCCCGGGCUCUGGCUUCUUCCCUUACUGCUCCUUCACCAAUGGAGAAACCUCCCCCACCGUGUCCAUGGCUGAACUAGAGCACCUGGCCCAGAACAUCUCCAAGUCACACAUGGAGACAUGUCAGUACCUGAGGGAGGAGCUGCAGCAGAUGACCUGGCAGGCCUUCCUGCAGGAAGAGGUGGAGAGCUACCAGAACAAGCCCCGGGAAGUCAUGUGGCAGCUGUGUGCUAUCAAAAUAACAGAGGCCAUUCAGUAUGUGGUGGAGUUCGCCAAGCGCAUCGACGGCUUCAUGGAGCUGUGUCAGAACGAUCAGAUAGUGCUGCUGAAAGCAGGCUCUUUGGAAGUUGUGUUUGUCAGAAUGUGCCGUGCCUUUGACUCGCAAAACAACACAGUCUAUUUUGAUGGAAAAUAUGCCGGACCGGAUGUGUUCAAGUCAUUAGGCUGUGACGACUUGAUCAGCUCCAUCUUCGAGUUUGGGAAAAACUUGUGUUCUAUGCACCUGUCUGAGGAUGAGAUCGCCCUGUUCUCUGCCUUUGUGUUGAUGUCUGCUGACCGGUCCUGGCUCCAGGAGAAGGUGAAGGUGGAGAAACUCCAGCAGAAGAUCCAGCUGGCCCUUCAACACGUCCUGCAGAAGAACCACAGAGAGGAUGGUAUACUUACAAAGUUGAUAUGCAAAGUGUCGACACUGCGAGCACUGUGCAGUAGGCAUACAGAGAAGCUUACAGCUUUCAAAGCAAUAUACCCAGACAUUGUGCGUGCCCACUUCCCCCCCUUAUACAAGGAGCUGUUCGGAUCAGACUUUGAGCAGUCCAUGCCCGUUGACGGGUAGCAGCCCUGCCAGAUGCCAGUGUGCCCACCGUAGGGGAAUGUGGAGGAGGAAUCUGAGACACUUUAUUGGUGCCCUGCACAAACCAGAGCGGACAGAUGGCACGCUGUUCAACUUCUUCUUUUACAUUGGAGGGGGGGGCUUAGCCAGUUGAUUCUCAAGGUUUACUUUACUGAUAUUAGUUCUCUUUGGAAGACUUGUGGGACCCGACACCCCAUGGGACAUGAAGAGGAGAUAGGGACAAAUAAUUUCUCUCUGGUUGAAUUUGACCUUUUUUUGCGCAUUUCUAACAUGGAACUCCAGACCAAUUACAUUAAUUUUCACCAAUAUUUAUUGCAUCACUAUUAUUAUGAUUUAUUUGUGCAUCUGACUUCUAAUCAUGAACAAUUAAUGAGCAACUGUUAGCGUUAUAAUAGCUGAAGACAUCUUCAUUAGAGAUGAAGAUAAAUGAAGAGGAUAAUGAAGAUCAAUCAUCAGUAUUAUUUUUCAUAUUACACUCCCAAAACUGUUUUAGUAUUUUCAUAUUCAACACUUUAAAUAGUCCUAUUCCUAUCUCCUUCAUACACUAUAUCCUGAAAUAAACGGCUGAUAAAUGCGCACACUUUGGUCAAGUUCAGCCAUUUUUCUCUUGUGUUCAGUCGUAUCUUUUGGACGCAGUGCUUGGAAUGGAAACUCACAGCAACUUUAAGGGAGGCUCCGUCGGCAUGGUGAUGCAAACGGCACUUCUCUACGGACAAUCGUUAAAAAAAAAAAAAAAGAAACAUAGAAUUCUGGUAAUUCUAAUGAAACCACAAUGAUUUUAGCUGUCAAAGACUCCAUCCACCAUUGUUGCAUAGUGAAAUCAUGUAAGGCCAUCUGCUAUUAAUCCUUCUCUGGACAGGUGCCCUGGAGAAGCACAGGGCACCAACACAAUGAAAAGGGUCCAUUCCACCUGUUUUAUAAUGUACUACAGGGUAUAUGGUCAUAAGUACUUACUAUACAGAAAAAAGUAAUGUUUAUAGAAUCUAUUUUAAAUAACAUGUAUGAUAUUAGUAGUUAGACCAUUCUUAAUUGUUGAAUUGAUAAGGCACUUUUAUUUACACCUUUCUUUAAUUUAAGACGUGUAUAUUUACCUAGUGAUGUGUUGCAUGUGCACAAGAAAUACAAGUUGAACCACGGUCACAGAGGCUAGUCCUGGGAGCAACAGAUGAUACUGGUCUGGAAGUGUUAGGGCUGUCUGUUAGGAUGGCUGGCGUGUCUGCUCGCUGGUGAACAAAGAGGCUCGUAUGAGAAGGCAGGUUAGAGACACUCUCAUCACCUGUUACCUCAGCAACUGGCUGUGCGACACCUGUCAAUAUGUAGCUCGGAUACUUCUUUUAGCGGGUGUCCACACAUACAAGAACAGCCAACAACCCUUGUAGUGGUGUUACAGUCUCAUGGCUUUCCUGCCCUGUGUUAUGAACAGACCUGGAUUGAACAGCAUUUGUUUGAGCCUUUCUAAAAUACAAGAAAACAGAGGUGUGGUGAGACAUUUGCAACGCACUGACUUUCUUAUUCUUUCAUAUUAUUUUCUAAGUAUUUGGUACUCCUUAUAUUGUGAAAAAUGUCAUUUGUUAUGUGAGGAAGCAACAAGAAAACAUAAAAAUAGAACAUCAUCUCAGCCAGGAACAAUCACAUAUUGACUGUAAUCCAAUUGUUCCAUCUAGUGGAAGGUAAAGAUACAGCAAGCUAGAAGAAGAAGCCUAGAAGCCCAAUGACGAGGACACAAUGUCUAACCUAAAAGCACAUUUAUGAGCCUCUCUCAAAAUGUGUUGAGUGUUUUUUGUCAUUGUUUUUGAGCAGCUUUAUCUGCCUUCUCACCACAGCCUCAGCCCAGCAAUGCCACAACAGGACACAGAAGGAACAGUGAAGGGAGAGUGAAUAUUCAAAGCCUUGUCUGGUAGUAAAGCUUCUAUUUUUGUAACAUGUUUUGGUUAAUAAACUCAUGAAAGAGAACGAGGGAGAGAAAAAGAUGUCAGGUAGCACUUAACUAUAUUCCUGCAAUAAUUAGACUAGCUGUUGUUUGUAUGAUUAGGGGAGAAACAUAAAAAUGGUAGGACAAGUGCUAUUUUCAGAAUUCUUUGUUGUUGUGCUUCUGUUUUGUUGAGUGUGUCUUUCUUGUCAGUGUGGUAGUAAAGUGGUAGAAAAAACCCUGGAUGUGCCAAACAGUAGUCGUUGCUUCCGCUUUCCAGUCUACUCGUCUGUAAUGUAGAAUGGAUUCCUAAGACAUUCCAGCAAUCUCAGUAGCGGCUUCUAGAAAUAUCUUUAAAAAAAAAAAAAAAGAAGAAGAAGAAAAAAGGAAAAAAAAUGAUAUCCCUUUAGAAAUCCAACAAAGCAUGUUAACACAUCUGUCACCAACCAUAACAGAAUCCAGCUGUUUGUCUUUUGUUUUCUGUUUGCACACUAUCAUUCCUCUGCCGUGCAAUUUGUACAAGGUGGUAAUGCCUUGUGCUGUCACCCCUCAGGGAAGAGUUUCUUUCGCGCUUUCUGUUUGAGAGGACAUUUGUUUGUACUCAUUAGGUUUAGUUUAUGUUUUUGUUCAGGGAUGUUCCAUGAGAAGUGGUUGAGAUUAACAUUUGAAUAUUCAUCUCCGAGAGUUGUUCAGAAUUUUACAUUGUUGACGUCCUUAUGGGUCUCCAGCCACUCAAAGACCACUGCGCCCCUACGGUCAAGUAAAAAAAGAAAAAACAUCUCAUUUGUAAAAACAACAAACCCUAUCACUUUUACAAACUGCACUUUUAUCAGUGCACAGCAUAUUUGUCACACAAAAAUCUGUUUUGGUUUCAAAUGGUGUCAUCAGGGUCUUUAAAAAUGAUAACCCUCUUUGUUAGGAAAACCAAAUAUUCUUAUGCAAUACUAAAUCUCUUGUGUUUGGGUUGUAGUAGAUAUGCUGUACCUAAGUAAUAAUCUCUGUUAUGAUCCAAUGCUAUUUGGAUAUGCACAAGCCCUCUACGACUAGUAAACCUCAGUCUCCCAGCAAAAGAAACCCAGUCUGGAACACUGCUAGACAAUCCAGGUUGAGAGGCCCAGUGGCCCGGCAAGAGCAACGAAGAGGAUGGGGUGUGAAUGCUCAGGGAGGUAACAGGUAGACCGAAGAAGUAGCUCGCUUUCCUCUGGACAGUUACAGAGCAUUUAAUUAACACUUUUGUGAUUUUAUGAGCACUCAAUUGAUAAGAGGAGGUGGCUGAACUUUUUGGCAUAGCACACUGGACAUGCAGUACAACACUCGCUGUUCAGAAAAUAAUGACGAGAUGGACAUUUGACUGAUUUUCUGUUAUUUAUUUCCAAAAAAAAAAAAAAAAAAAUUUUGUUUGUUUCUUGAAAUUUUUCAGUUUUCUUAAGCUGUUGGAAUCUUGUUUGAUGAUCACAUAAAACCAUUCAGUAUUUCGUCAAAUAUGAUCAGCUGAGGUCUACCACCAAAAGGGUUCCUUUCUCAUAAAGUAAAAAAUUUGUGCAUUUUAUUUUUCCUUCAAGUCAAAAUAGUCGAGCGGCUUGUGAUAUGUUCUGGAAUAUAAAACAAGCAAGAUGCCUUGUGUUACAACUACGGGUCUCUACAGUGGAGUCACCAUCCUUUUGAAUUGACUUUAUUCAAACAGCUGACUCAAACUGAUGACAUUUACUCUCAGUCUAGAACAAAAAGUAAUAAAACCCCAUUACUCUGUUUUCAUCUUCUUAUAUACUGAUAUGGUUGCAAAAUGUGCAGGAAAAUGGUCAUCAAACACAUGAAUAUUUGUGUCUAACUAUAAACUGCACCUUUACACGGGCCUGUAAAGUGAUGUCCCUCUGUAUAUUCUCACUUGAGAGAUCCCGAUUUAGGAAAGGGAUUGAUACUAAGUGUGCAAUUCAAUCAGUGUAUAGUAUACAGUAAAAUGUGCUGGUCCUUCUGUCUCUGCUCUGUUGUCUGUUUGUAAAAAGCAAUAGUGCGUGUGUGUGUGUGUGUGUAUGUAUUUGUUCUCACAGUGUGUGAAUAAAAUAAACCCCAGACAAGGCUUUAAUAAUUACAGAGGAACAGGGUUAUGUGGACGAGGAGGUCUUGAUUUUAUUUUGGACUUUUUUAAAUAAAGGUUUUGGAAAUGCAGAGCUUGAUCCCUCCAUAAUAGGUGCAGGUUCCAAAAGCAUGACAUAAUGCCUUCAACGAUUCAUAGGUCUGCAGAAUGCUGUGAAGCAACCUUGACCGGCUUCACAGUGAAAACAUGCUUCGCUAUCAGUUCGGACAGCACAGCCACAGCCUGAGCUGAAAUGAAUUGAACUGAAUUCUGGACUGUAAAUUGUGAAAACGAGUCUUCGAGACCAUAAAUUGUGAAGAUCAGCGUUAUGUCACGCUUAAAGUUGUGCUGGAGUGCCGGUGUGUUACCCAGAAAUUAUGAGUCAGUCAUCACAUUUUACCAGAACUCAUUUUCCAAAGCACAGCUGAUAAGGAUUUAUGAUUAAAAAUACGUUUAAGGAUAUAGUUUAAAGAAAAAAGAAAAAAAAAUGAAAAGCAACUUUUAGCCAUAAUCGAAUGUCAAGCAAUAAUAUAUGUCUGUGUAUUAUUUUUGAUUCUUUUGUGCAUAGUAGUCUUUGAACAUCUGCAUGUAAAUACACCUCUUAUUUAUCACUUUUUGGUUUUGUUUUAUUUUGUGUUGAUUUUGUGGAUGUUUUUACAUUUCAUCUGUAUAUUUGACCAGUUCUGUUCCCAGGUGGAGAACUAAGAACUUGACAUGGCCUGUAUGCUGUAUAUCUUAUUUUCUCACUCUUUCUCUCUCCCUCAUUCUCGGCUGUUUAUUCACCAUAUUUAAUGUUAUUAUUGAUCACAUGUAUAAAGGUAGCUUUGUAACUUCUGUCUGUAUAGGUAAGAGGAAAAUACUGCUACUAAGGCCUACCCAGUGAAAAUAUUUAUCUGUUUAUCAAUUACACCAUAUUGUAUGAUAACUCUGUUUCUAGUUUGUUUCCCUCCUUUAGGAUUAGUUUGAUAGUUUGAGACAGGGUGUGCUGACAUUUAUUUUGUGUUGCCCUGAUGUGUGGUGCUAGGUAAGUUAAUUUUGUGAACAAAGUAUUGAUUCCUAAGCCUGGCUGCCCUAUUAGUACAUUCAUUUCAUUGCAUAUAAAUGUAUUAUUGAUAUUAGGACUCAAUAAAUAAUAAUAACGAAAAUGAUAGCGGAAAAAUUACCCAGCCAGUACCUGUAUCAGUGUGCUAGUCCUGGGGUAAGGCACUUAUUUCAUUCUGACUUAUAGCAAAGCUAGAAUCUGCUAAUUAACAAGUUAUUUAAGGUUGCUUUUCUGGUUUGUGGAAAAAUGAUAAUAUUCAAACUGAAACGGCAGUAUUGUGUUUUUUCUUUGUCUGAUUGUAAAAACCACUCACUGAGGCUAUAGUUUGUCAGGUUUAGAGAUACUAAAUAUUUACCUCUCUUGUGUCUGCAUAGUUGUUCACCUGAUGCAGGGAUGUGGUGCUUGGAUUUCAUUAAACAGAGCCUCGGUAUGCUUUUGUUAUUCCCCAUUUUAGACUAUCCUGAAACAGUGGUUUCUUCAGACUAGUGGCAUAAACAUUUUGCACCACAUGAAGUGUUACAAAUGUACAUGAAAGGAUUGCCCUUUGAGGACAAAGUUGACCUUUUCUCUCCACUCUGUAGCAAAUAUCAGUAAGAAUAUGCUUGCAAUAAUACACAACGUAUCACACUGAGUGCCUCUCGGUGUAACAAGAUGCAUACAUGGUUUUGAUUGUCUUUUUUUGUGGUUUUCCAGACAUGUAUUAAAGUGACAAUGUAUUUUGUACAUGAGGAGGAAUUCACACUCUCCGCGCUUCAAUUGUUUUUCAGAUUCUUUCUUUACAGUAUGUUAAUCAUUUUCACGUGGGUUGAUGCGCUACGUUAAAGGGUUUUAAUGUAUAGAAAGUCUGUUUAGAGUGUAUAUGUCACCCCUCACUGUGUUUGAAAAACAUAAAUGGGAAGUUUGUUUCAUAUUGAUCUUGAAUGGUCAAGUAAAUGCUUGCAAAUAUAAGUACAGAAAAAAUUCACCUCCGCAGUGUUUGUUAAGACUAGGCAAAAACUAACAGGCAGUCCAUAUUUCUUCAUUUUUUUGUUUGUUUUAUAUCAACCUUCUUUUGUUAUUUCACUGAGAACAGAAGAUUUACUAAUGCAUUGUAUAUCAAGUAUUUGUAUGUGUUUGUAAAAGAAGCAUACAACACAUCUGGAUUUCUUUAAUGUUCUGUGUUCAAUGUGCGCUCAGUCGGUUUGGGGUAACUUUACAUGAAGGGAGGGUGGAGCAGGGGUGGAUUUGGAUUCUUUUUCCAUGCAAAAGCAGUACAAAUUAUGGGAAAGCCGAAACUUAGUGUGUGGUUGUCACAAAUUUCUAAGUCACACGUUUGCUACUGAUGUUAAAAUGGGGACAGAUGAUCAUUUACCUUUUUAUCCAGCUCUUUUGAACUCUCUUUAGCAGGUAGUCUAUUCACAAAUGUAGUUUUGCUCCUUCUUGUCUGAUUCUUAAAUAUGAAAAUAAGUAUUUUGAUUCAUUUUGUAAAUACAGCUGUAAAGAAAAAUAAGAAAUUUAAUGUUGUCUUUUAAAUACUUUUCAUUCUAAUAUGAAUGUUGUUAUAUUGUACUUAGAAACUGUACCUUUAAUAUUACCUUUAUUAAAAGUGCAUUGGACACAUCGAUUUUAGAUGUGCUUUAUGUGCUGUUAUCCCA